CGGCCCUUCAUCUGCUUGCUCGAACGGAACGAACGAACCAGCUACUGAUCGCCUGCUCCUUCGCAAGGCAGUGGUGACGAACUCGAUUGCUCUGAUCAUCUUCCCCCUGCUAGGUUGGACGCAUCUCUCUCUCUCUCUCUCUCUCCGGCAAGAAAUCCCAAAUCGCGAAUUUGAAGUUUCAUCAAUGGAGAAUCAAUCGUGAGAAUUGGAGGAGGGACGCCAUGCAUCACUCUGCAAUCACUUGCUUUUGAUUCUUCGCAGCCCCCCUCCUUGCAGGAUAGAAGGAGAACGACAUUUUGGUAAGUAUGGAUAAGCUGUUGGAGUUUGGAAGAAAAGCUAUGUUCUAUGUCAGAGUCCUUUCAGGAUAUGAGGAGAGAAGAAUCCGAGCUCAUAGAUUGCAGCUACAAAGACAUCUUGAACAGGCACAACAAAGGAAGGCAGCCCUCAGAAGGGUUCCUGAACAGGUUAUAUUGGCUGAGGUUCGGCGCAUGGUUGAGGAGAUGCAAAGUUUAAACAGGAAGCUGGAAGAAACUGAAGCUGCCAUUGAAGAGUACUUCAAGCCCAUUGACAAAGAGGCUGAGAUAAUAAUGAAAAUGCAGCUUGAAGGGGAGGAGAAUAAAAUGAAAGACUUGAUGAAAACCAUUCAUAAACAGGCUCUGCUUGAGGAAGCUGAGGCAGCUAAAAUUGCGAAUGUGCAUGAUGCAGAUGUGAAACAACAGGAUAAGGAUACAACGCCUUCCCCCACUCAUCGUGCUUGAGGCACCGACGACAAUUUAAUUAUGAUCUGUACAUUUCUCAAACAUUUUACUUCUCUUCAUCUCUGCUCCCUCUAACGUAUGUGGAUUCCAAAGGGAAAAAAGCAGUCAUCAUUCCCCUUUGGCCAUCUUCUUUGAUCUUCCACUCUUUUUCAACAAAGAAAAGCCUACAUUGCUGCUGCUCUUGGGAAGGGGAAAAAUCAGCAAAUUGUUCCUUCUCCCUCACUACUCACUUCCCUGGAUGGCAUAGCAGACGCCACCCCUUUGAAAGGUUCAUUACUAUUGAAGAUUAAUUGUUUCUGAGUUGAAUAACUUUCUUACAUUCUUAGAGUACUGCCAAAGGAAGGAGAUAUUUAACUUUACAAUAUUUCUUGCCUACUUUCUGCACAUGUUUCAAAAUUUUCCACUUUUUCUAUGAUAAGCUUUCAACUUUACACCUACAGGCAGUUGCAAGAAGUACUAUGUUUGUUUUCCCUAUUCGAGCAUAUAUUGGAAGAUUAUUUGCGGUUUUCUUUCAUUUUUAGGUUCCUCGGAUGAAUAAAUUGGCUGAGAGGUUCCUUGCUUGUGGAUGUUUGUGGCGUAGUUGCUGGUGCCCAGUGAGUCAAGAAGGUGGGUGAUGAACCCAUUGGCCAUGCUGCCUUUGGUGCUAUGCAGCUCUCAAACUUUACAUUUGGAGGUCUUUUAUAUUAAUUUCUCUGAUGUUCACCUUUAGAAACUAUUGGUUAAAAGAUAAAUCAGACUAAGAUUGGAAGAGAAGUUAUUGUUUGAAGCAAAGGCUUUGAAAUUGUUGAGCUUAGUUGAGUAUAUUUUUGGAACACGUUCCUCUCAUAAA